ACAGCCAAUUGCACUCGGGACGGUGUUUGUUUUUUUCGCGGUUCGUUCCUAUUGGCAGAAUUACGUUGAUUUGACGAUGAAUCAUGGCGAACGUGUCGUACAUCUUUGUGUCAAGAUGGGGAAGAAAUCCGACUUGAACUCGACCAUUAUAUUACACGAAAAUGACGAUAAACAGCGUUUCGAAAGUGAAUGUUUGCGACGCUUUGAUCGACGUUGGAUGUUUGCAAUUUCGCCGUACAGGAAACAGUGACCCGACAGUCGAAACGCCGUUGAUGGUGAGGCGCAAAUGAUGGCCAUCCCAACGGCUACCAACAAUACAAACAGCAUUACGGGAGCAGUUUUGCUCGGCUACGUCAUAGAUUUCGUGAUGAAGAAGCACCAAGAGAAAUUGGUCAAUUUCAGUUCGUUCAACAACGCCACUGCCGGACUGUCCGGCCACGUCAAAGCAGCAAGUGAUGCAACAACUGUCGAAUUGCUGAUGCCCGUCUGGGCUUACCAAACGGCAGCUGUUUAUUUAAUUUGUAUCUGUGUCAUCGGUUUAAUUAUGAACGUCGUCGUCGUCAUUGUCAUCCUCAACGACCCGCAGAAGUCACCGCUGAACUGGAUGUUGCUCAAUUUGGCUUGUUCCGAUGGGAUUAUUGCUGGUUUCGGAGCUCCAAUCUCAGCAUCGGCAGCUUUCCAGUUUGAUUGGCCGUUCGGCAACGACUUGUGCAUCGCCUAUGCCAUGAUCAUGUCCACUGCAGGGAUAGGAUCGAUAACAACUUUAACAGCUUUGGCCUUGUGGCGAUGCCAGUUGGUUGUCUAUUGCCCGGCAAAGCGGAGCAGCGCUUUCGCCAACAACAACAACGGCGGAAGAAUGGGCCAUUGCCAGGCCGUCCUCUUGCUGGCCAUCAUCUGGACAUAUUCGUUAGCUGUGACAUGUCCACCCCUUUUCGGAUGGGGUAGAUACGACAGAGAAGCAGCUCACAUCAGUUGCUCGGUGAAUUGGGAGUCUAAAAUGGACAACAAUCGAUUGUACAUCGUCUACAUGUUUGCGUUUGGAUUGUUUGUCCCGUUGGCUGUUAUCGUCAUCUCUUACGUCAGCAUCUUACGCGUCGUCAAGAAGGCCGGUAAAUUCAAGAAGACCAUGUCGACCAUGCCGCACAAUGUCGACCAGUCCCACGAAAUAUCAGAUCAACAGCCGUCACUGCUAAAGAAAACGGAACAGCACAAGAAACAAACGAGCGACGCUGCCGAGAAGCGCGUGACGGUCAUGGUGGCCUGCAUGGUCGGCGCGUUCAUGACGGCCUGGACGCCAUAUUCCAUUUUGGCUCUUUUCGAGACAUUCGCUGGCCAAAUCGGCAUUCCAUCCAAUAGCAAUUCGACAUCGCAAGAAAACGAGUUCCAAUACGUUGGAACAAUUUCGCCCGGAUUCGCCACCGUUCCUUCGCUCUUCGCCAAGACAUCGGCCGUCCUCAAUCCGCUCAUUUACGGCCUACUCAACACUCAGUUCCGCACGGCUUGGGAGAAAUUUUGUGUCCGCUUCUUAAAUCGACGUCAGCUUCGUAAGAAUAAAGAGUUGCGAGACUUGUUCAGCUGCGUCGGCCACGAUACACCGACGUUGAAACCAUCGACGUCCGUCCACUUCUCCCUGAGAGAAAUGGUGUCCAACGAAUCUCAGUCGGCUUACGUCAUGGCCCGUCACGUCGUGGCCAGUUCCCCUGUCGUCCGCUUCGUUCGGCAACAACAACAACACAAACCCACACUACGUGUGAAAUUUCUUUCGCCUUCGUUGGCGUCUUCUUCAUCGACGGCCGAGGCGGACACGUCCGCCGCCCACCAGCAGUCGAUUCAAACGAGAGGCUUCAAAAAUCCUAGUUUGCAGCAUCAGCCCGAAGAAGAAGUGCGAAAUGAGCCCGGCAAAUUGGUCGUCAUUCUUUCCAUCACGGAAUCGACCAGCUGCACGACCACCACCGACGAUCACGCGUUCACGGCAACGCUGGAAGAGGAAUCCGUUUUCACGGAACAGACUCCGGAGAACGUCAGUGAUUCGCUCGACAUCAACAUAUCUCCAAUCGAACAUUAAAUGGAAACGCAUUUCGCUCUGGCAUGUACAGGAAAUGUCCACUGAUAAGACGCUGGAUCGAUCAUUGAAAGAUGUUUUUUUUUUUUCAAUUAAAUUUCAGAUCCGAUGGACGUCGUCGUAUUAUUUGGUUUGCUAAAAAGGUCGAAUGUAUUUAGAAAUAUGUGUUUAUGUUCCACAUUGAGUGUGUCGAGUAUUUGGUUGAUGUUUGAACAUAGAAAUGGCGGAAGCUCGACCCGAAUUCACGCAACACAUUUCUUGGUAAACAAAUAAUAGAUUUUCGCUAUAAGUGUAUAGACCAUUGUACGAUUGAUGGCUUCCAUUUCUACCAACCUGCACGCUUUGAUCGAAUCAUUUCCAAACAACCUUUCCUCCCUCCAUGUACAUAAUAACAAAUCAUAAUAAUCUUAUUUAUUCACUACAAAAUAUAUAUAUA